AUCAAGCAUCCCUACCAAAACCGAAGACAUACACAAGAUUUGAUCAAUCCUCCUCUUCGCACAAGCCAAGAAUCCACCAGGGAUAUCGCUCCAACCGCGGAGCAGCAGCAGCAGCAGCAGAACAUCGCCGGAGAUGGCGGCAGCAGCGGCAACAACUCCUCCAGGCGCAGGCACGGGCAGCGGUAUCGCGUCGACCAGCCGGCGGUUCGCGGCGGCGUGCGGCGCGCUGGACUGGUACGUGAAGGCGGCCGAGCGGGCGCGGUCGGUGCGGCCCCUCCCCCUCAUGCCGGGCGCCGACGUCGACGCCUACGCCCCCGACGACGACGAGCAGGAGCAGCGCGUGGCGGGGCCGGCGCCAGCGCCGCUGACCAUCGCCUACGGCGGGCGCGUGCUGGUGCUCGACGACGUCCCGGCGGACAAGGCGGCGAAGCUGCUGCGCCUCGCCGCCACCGCGGCGCGUGGGGGAACCGUGGAGUCCCAGCGGAUCGCCGCGGACGACCUGCCGGUGGCGAGGAAGGCGUCGCUGCAGCGGUUCAUGGAGAAGCGCAGGGGCCGGGCCGCCGCGCGCGGGGCGCCGUACCGUCGACCAGAUGGCAGCGACGCGUGCCAUGACGACCAUCUCAAACUCGCGCUCUCAAAUCCUCCUCCUCCGGCGAUAGAGAGGAAGCUGCCCUACAAACUCCGAGGCGCGCGGCGGCAGCAGCAGUUGGCGAUCAUGCCGGUGACGGCGGCAGCGCCAGAAGCAGGCACCGGCGGCGGCCCCGCAACUACGACCAGCCGGUUCGCGGCGGCGUGCGGCGCGCUCAGCCAGUACGUCAGGGCGGCCGAGGCCGAGAGGAUCCGCGCCGGCGCGCGCCCUGCCGUGCCGGUGCAGCCCCUCGCCCUCAUGCCGGGCGCCGACGUCGACCACACCGGGGAGCCCGAGGCGGGGCCCGCGCCCGCGGCGCAGAUGACCAUCGUGUACGGCGGGCGCGCGCUGGUGCUCGACGACGUUCCCGCGGACAGGGCGGCGGACCUGCUGCGCCUCGCGGCGUCGGCGUCGGCGUCGGCGUCGGCGGGGCGGCUCUCCUCGGCUGCGGACCUGCUGCCGGUGGCGAGGAAGGCGUCGCUGCAGCGGUUCAUGGAGAAGCGGAAAGGGAGGGCCGCCGCGCGCGCCGAGCCGCCGUACCGUCGGCGCGACGAUCUCACGCUCGCGCUGUGAAUCUCUCUCUCUCUCUCUCUGCAUUAGAGAAUGCUGAAGCUGAAGCUAGUAGACUGUCUUCGCUUGGUAGUACCGCGAGUCCGCGAUCAUAUACAGGGGAUUGAUUGUUCUUGUGUGGUGGUGAAGCAAACAGAGCAAGCAAUGUAACGCAAGGAUAUGAGAAAUGUACUUGUACUGGAGAAAUUAUUUCUCUUUUCAGACUGAGAAAUGUUUUUUUAAUUCAGGAAGGCAGGGAGCAUUGAACAAGAUUGGUUUA